AUGGCGGAGGCAGCAACAAAGCAGCGGAGCCCCGACAAGCCGCGCCCCGUCCGCUGUAUCGUGAAGCUAGGCGGAGCGGCCAUCACGAACAAGGGGGAGCUGCAGAGCAUCGACGAGGGGAGCCUGCGGUCGGCGUGCGCGCAGCUGCGGCAGGCCAUGUCCGGGUCCGGCGACGCCACCCCGGAGAAGGUCAUGGGGAUGGACUGGAGCAGGAGGCCCGACGAUCCGGCCGACCCAGCCGUGGACACGGAGGGGUUCAGGGAUAUGGCGGGGCUGGGGAUCGACACCAACUUCAUCGUCGUCCAUGAUGCCGGUUCUUUUGGUCACUUCCAAGCAAGUAGAUCUGGAGUUCAUAAGGGAGGGUUGCAUACACCCCUGGUGAAGGCUGGCUUUGUGGCUACGAGAAUUUCAUCCAUCCCCAUGACCUUCUCCGGGGUGGCGGCGCCGGACCCGGACAUGGCCUGCCGCAGCUGCGCGCACGUCGACCGCAGGCUCCCCUCGUCGAUGCUCUGCAGCUCCCCCUUGUUCGUGAUGGCCGCUCCACCUGCGUCGGCAGAUUACAUGCUCUGA